UUAACUUAGAAACUACCACGUGUGUCACUGUCACUCUCACUGACAACUGUCAUAAUCUCUCAACGUUGGUCCCACACUCCUUGUCCCUCUCUUUAUACUUCGAUCUCUCAACACACUACAAUCCAUAACACAGAGAUAUGAGCCAACAAGAGCAACCAAAGAGGCCACAAGAGCCGGUCAAAUACGGCGACGUUUUCGAAGUCUCCGGCGAACUGGCCGACAGGCGCAUAGCGCCUGAGGAUGCUAGGAUGAUGCAAGCUAAAGAAACAAGUGCCUUGGGACACACUCAAAAAGGUGGUAUAGCCGCCACUAUGCAGUCAGCAGCCACUGCCAACAGACGCGGUGGCUUCGUCGAGCCAGGUGUCGCAACCUACCUCGACCCUGACCGAGGCGUCUCUGUGGAGCAAACCGACGUCCCUGGUGCACGCGUCACUAAAGAAUCCAUCGGUGUACAGGACGUUGGACAAUACGUUGAGCCUAGGCCAGUGUCGACGGCGGCGAUGGGGGUGAGUGUGCAGAGUAAGAUAACAAUAGGACAAGCGUUGGAGGCAACUGUACACACCGCUGGAAAGAAGCCAGUGGAUCAGAGCGACGCAGCAGCGAUUCAAGCAGCAGAAGUUAGAGCUUCUAGCAACAACGUCAUCGCUCCUGGUGGAGUAGCAGCUUCAGCUCAGUCCGCAGCUGAUUACAACGCUCCUAUAGAGUUUGACGAGAAUAAAAUCAAGCUCGCUGAUGUCUUGACGGGUGCUGCGGGGAAGUUACAAGAGGAUAAAGCCGUGACCAAGCAGGACGCAGAGGGAGUGGUGAGCGCUGAGCUGAGGAACAAUCCUAAUCUGUCUACUUAUCCAGGUGGUGUGGCGGAUUCUGUUACCGCCGCGGCUAGGCUUAACGCUAAAGGGGAUAUAUAAAACAAAUAACUUAUGAUGUAGAAUCAAUCGUCUAAGUUUUAUUUUGUUCUUGUUUAAUAUAAAGAUAAUGUUAAAAGAUGUAAGACUUUCAUGUUGAAUAUAAAGAUAAUGUUUUGGUUCUC